AUGAUAUGGAAGAAAUACGCAGGGUUUGCGUUUCUUUACUCUCAUCAUCUUCUAAAAUCUUCAGUUUUAAGUACUACUGCUAUAAAUCCAGUUCCCAUAAAGCUUCAACAUAAUUCUUCUUCGCCUUUGCUUCCAGUCAAUGUCCAAGUCAUUCAUGCCAAUAAAAUGAAAGAUGGGUCUGCUCGCGACUUAUCUGCCACUAACUAUGUUUUAAAUCUUUACACAAAAAGUAAUCAUUUAGCCUCUGCACAGAAGCUAUUCGAUGAAAUUCCUCAAAAAGAUGUUCGAACUUGGACGAUACUCAUAUCGGGUUUUGCUCAAUUUGGGUUUAAUGGAAAUGCAUUAUCGUUGUUCAUUAAAAUGCGAAAAGAGGGUAUUGUAAUUCCUAAUGAGUUCACUUUAUCUAGUGUUUUCAAGUGUUGUUGUAGUGUUAGUAACGGGCUUAGAUUAGGAAAGUCCAUACACGGCUGGAUUGUCGUUACUGCUGCAGUUGAUUUGGAUGUUGCUUUGGAGAAUGCUAUACUUGAUCUUUAUGUUAAAUGUGAGUCUUUGGGUUAUGCUAAGCGCUUCUUUGAACGGAUGAGUGAUAAAAAUGUUGUGUCUUGGAAUAUAAUGCUGGCAGGGUAUCUCGGUACAGAUGAUAUGGCGACAAGUGUUGAACUCUUUAAAAUAAUGCCUGAAAAGGAUGUUUCAAGUUGGAAUACAAUCAUUGAUGGACUUUUGCAACAUGGGUUUGAUAGGGAUGCCCUUAAGCUCCUACGUCAAAUGACCUUAGAUGGGACUUCUUUUAACAAUGUUACGUUUUCUAUAUCAUCAGCGUUGAUGUCUUCGCUUAGAAAUCUUGAAUUAGGAAGGCAAAUCCAUGGUAAAGUGAUGAGGUUGUCAAUGUACAAAGACACACUUGUAAGGGCCUCCUUAAUUUUUAUGUACAGCAAAUGUGGUCAGAUGGAGAAGGCUUCUAGGAUUUUCCAAGAAUUUCGUCAAGGUAUUGUUGAAGUACAACAUUCACAUUUUAUUCCGUGGAGUACCAUUAUAUCAGGUUAUAUUCACAAUAGCAUGCUGAAAGAUGCUUUACAAGUCUUUAGCUCCAUGGUACGUGAUCAAUUGGAAGUUGAUGUUUUUACACUCUCAAGCAUUGUUAGUGCUUCUGCAAGUAGUGGGCUUUUGGAACUUGGCUGGCAGAUUCAUUGCUAUGUCCAAAAACUUGGACACAUAAGUGACAUAUUUUUUAUUUCAGCAAUUAUUGACAUGUAUGCCAAAUGUGGAAAGUUAGAUUCUGCUCAGUUGUUUUUUGAGCAAACCCAAACUCGGAAUAUUGUGGUAUGGACUACUAUGAUAAACAGUUAUGCUAUACAUGGAAAAGGAUCCGAUGCUGUUCAGCUAUUUGAGCUUAUGCUGAAUCAGAGAAUUGCACCAAAUGAAGUAAGUUUCAUUAGUGUUUUAACUGCAUGUGGUCAUGCAGGUUUGGUGAAAGAAGGAUGCAAGUAUUUGAGGUUGAUGAAACAAGUUUAUGGCAUCAAGCCUGGUCUUGAACAUUUCUCUUGUAUGGUUGAUCUUUUUGGCCGAGCAGGUUGUUUAGAUGAGGCUUAUGAUUUCAUUCACGAGAAGGGCAUCUCUAGCAUGUCUGAAGUUUGGAAGGUACUUUUAUCUUCUUGCUUGGUGCACAAAAAUGUUAAGAUGGCAAGACAUGUUUCUGAGAAAUUGCUACAACUUCAGCCAAGUGAACACAGUCCUUACAUUCUGUUGUCAAAUACUUGUUCAGAGCAUGAAAAUUGGGAUGAAGCAUCAAAAUUAAGGGGUUUGAUGCAGGAAAGGAAAGUUAUGAAACAUCCGGGUCAAUCAUGGACUUAG